AUGUCGUUCGAUGAAUCUAGUGGACCUGAAUCGUCGGCAAGUUCUAAAAAACAAUCUUUCAAAUGCAAAAUAUGCAAAAAGUUUUUGGCAACAGCUAAAACUCUCAAACAGCAUGAGAAGGACAUUCACGCUGACGCAAAAUGUUAUCCUUGUAAGCAAUGCGACUAUGUGACCUAUAGAGAAGCUAAUUUAAAACGACACUUACUGUCUCAUACCAAGGAAAAACCUUACAAGUGCUCGGUUUGUUCAUUUUCAUGCUCACUUGAACAAAAUUUAAAACAACAUAUGCUUGCUAAACACUCGGAAGAACGUCCACAAAUAAUAGAAUUGAAUGAUGAUGACAGUGAUAGUUCAUCUGUUGUAGAAAUAGAAUGUGUACUAGCACCAAGGAAAACUGAUCGAAAUGUAACCCAGAAUGAAGGUAAUUUUAUUGAUACCGGUUUACCAAAUCCCAAUCAAAUAAAAAUUACAAGAAUUGAAUCAUUGAGCGGAAAGGAACAUUAUUGGACGGAUGAUGUAAAACCUAUAAAACCAGCUACGCUACCAGAAGUUUUAACGCCGCCAGACGAUUCAUCUUCAAAUUCCUUGUUGAAAUUUCAACAAAAUUCUGCUACUGGUCAGUUCAAUCUUGUACUUCCAAAAGAAGAAGAAACUACUGAAUUCGCUGAAGAAUCUGAGACGAUCAACUUAUCAUCUGAUUUAGACUAUUAUAAUGGAGAGUUUAACUCAACGUUAAGACAUCAUAAAAUUUAUCAAUGCAUGGAGUGCGACUUUGCUGCAUUCAGUAAAAUGAGUUUCAAAACACACACCGAAGCUCAUAAUAAUAAUAACUCAUUCAAGUGUCCCAAAUGUCCAUUUAUUGCUAUUAACAAAAGCACCUUCAGGUCACAUUUUAUAUGUAAACAUAGUAAUGUUAAAAAGCCGUUUCAAUGUCAAAUUUGUCAUUUUUCGACAUACUUUCAAUCAGCUUUACAGCAACAUAUUAAAAUUCACGGUGCAGAUCGCUCUUACGAAUGUCAAUACUGUCCAUACGCUGCCAUUACUAAAAGUUACUUGGCAAUUCAUCUUCACAAUCAUUUUACUCAGCCUAAGUAUCCAUGCAGUAAUCUCAAGGAUCGGAAUCCUUUGAAAAAUCGGCUUGUUGAUGGUAUAACUUUUGAGAAAGCUGUUUCAAAGAGAUUUAAUUUUAAAAAACCAAUUAUAAAUAAUGACACUUGGAAAAAAAAAAUACUUGAAUUCAAACUGGAUAAAAAUAUUAUUUCCAAUGACGUUAUUUCUGAGAACUUCAACAAUCCAAGUUUUCCAGUUAUUUUGCCAGAUAAUGUAUCGGUACUUGAGGAAUUAAAUCAAGAAGAGUUAUCUCAACAAUCAAGUGAGCUCGAAUCUACGUGUAAUGAGAAUCCUAGACUGUAUAAUUUAUUAAAUGCAAAGUUUCAUGCUCAGGCAGAAUGUCUUCCUGUAGUUUUGCUUGAAAGAAUCCAAGUACCUGAAAAAAUAGUAAACACAUCAACUGUAAAUGUAGAAUCUUUGAAGAAACCAAAUCAAAAUUCAGUUGAUAAAAAUUCUUCGAGUUUUAAAAAGUCAAAGCCGGCGAUAAAUAAAAAAGAACACGAGUGCGAACAGUGUGAUUACAAAUGUAAACGAAAACGUGACUUUAUAAAUCAUCAUAUAUUAAUUCACUCUAGUGAUCCGCCAUUCAAAUGCCCAAAAUGUUCUCAUAAAACUAAACGUUUAGCGGAUCUGAGAAAGCACAUUAAAGUUCAUCAUAAUAAUGAAUUUCCGCACACAUGUCCACAUUGUUCACUCGGAUUUACUGAAUUGAUUCAACUCAAUAAUCACAAUCACAGAUGUUCUUUUGCCGCUGAAAAAUUAUUUGAGUGCGAGAUUUGUAAGAAAAGACUUGCUACGCCUAAUACCCUGAGUACUCACAAGCGCACGUUUCACUCAGCUGGUUCAUUUACUUGCUCAAUUUGUCAAAAAAAACUUGGAGAUAAAUACUCACUUGAACUUCAUAGAAAAACUCAUAAAAAUGGACAAACGUUUACUUGCCAAAAUUGUCCGUUUCAAACAGUUUAUACGACCAGCUUAAAAAGACAUUGGAGUAGACACCAUAAAGACAAGAACAGUUUAAUAAAUAAGUAA